UUUUAGUGGGCUACUAUUGUGUCGCGUCAAUUUUUCAACAAUUUCGACUUUGCUCCGCGUUUUUAUGUGAAAAAAUCCCACAAAGAAUAAUGCUGGAACCCAAUUCAAUUCGUACAGAGCACAAGGAUGUGAUUCACGACGUGGUUUACGAUUACUAUGGGCAGCGAAUGGCUACAUGUUCCAGCGAUCAGACUGUUAAGGUGUGGGAUCAGAAUGAACAGGGAGUGUGGAGUGUCACAGCCAGCUGGAAGGCACAUUCGGGGUCCGUUUGGCGUCUGAGUUGGGCUCAUCCGGAAUUUGGUCAGGUGCUGGCGACGUGCUCAUUUGACAGAACUGCCUCAGUGUGGGAGGAGACAAUUGGGGAGAAAUCUUCCCCCACAAUGGCUCCGGUUAAGCGUUGGGUACGACGAACGAAUCUCGUUGAUUCCCGGACAAGUGUGACGGAUGUGAAGUUUGCCCCAAAGAGUCAGGGCUUGCUCCUGGCUACGUGCUCAGCAGAUGGUGUUAUUCGCAUUUAUGAGGCUCCGGACAUUAUGAAUUUGUCCCAGUGGACGCUUCAGCAUGAGAUUGCGUGCAAAUUGCCCCUGAGCUGCCUCUCGUGGAAUCAAUCAAUGUUCCGGCUGCAUUCCCCGAUGAUUGCUGCCGGAAGUGACGAUGCCACACAAUCCACGGGCGGCAAGGUCUUUAUCUACGAAUCCAGUGAGAAUGCACGACGCUGGACGAAGGUGGAGACACUCACGCAGGUCACGGAUCCCGUGCAUGACAUUGCCUUUGCCCCCAAUGUGGGCAGGAGCUACCACAUUCUCGCCGUGGCCAGCAAGGAUGUCUACAUUUUCAACUUGAAGCCCAUCCUGGAGCCCACCGGCACUGCCCGGCUGGAGAUUCAGUGCGCCGGGCAGUUCAAUGAUCACUACUGCACCGUUUGGCGGGUCACGUGGAACAUCACGGGCACAAUGCUGGCCACAACGGGCGAUGACGGGUGCAUCCGCAUGUGGAAGAUGAACUACAUGAAGAAUUGGCGUUGUGCCGGAAGUCUCAAGUCCGAGAGCGAGAGGAAUGCCGACUGUGAGACUCCGCCCCUGCUCUCAGUCACAAAUGGAGCCAUUUCGCAGACAAAAUACUACAAAAAGGGCACAAUUACCCAUCCCAGUCAGGUGCCGUGGCACUAAACAGCUCAAUGGGGCCACACAGGGCCCUUCCGCUGCCACUUAAGCGCCAUAAAUUCAAAUAAAAUAUUUUUCUUUUUGAUAAAAA